AUGCACGACACUCUUCCAUUCCCAAUCUCCAGACUGGAAGAAUGCAUAGCGAUAGCCCUACAAUCCUCUCCGGACUCUAUAUCCCUGAUUCGUCAGCCCACCAUCGAAGGCGAUGACCACAUGAUUUUCCUCAUAGACUCCCAGCCCGAAUACAUAGUCCGAGUCACCAAGCCGCGCGAAGAUGGUUCCCGCUCCUACAAUGGCCAAGAGAUGCAAACCCGUGAUAUCUCACUGCGCAGGUUCAUCCGAGACCAGUAUCGAGCUCGCUGUCUAGAUGAACAUGUCAUCCCACGGUCUAUCGGAACAUGGACGCUGAGCAAUGAUGGGAACUAUUUAGCUUCGCUUGAAACCAAGCUCCAAGGGUCGGACUUGCAACACGCUCCUGUUUCCGAGUUGACUGUGCAAGGGCUGGAGGAUUUUCUUUCUGUGUUGAAGGGUGUCGACGUGGGAGGGUUAGAGGAAAGGCUGGGGAUGAAAAUUCCUUCGGUUAAAUACCCCGAUUUGAAGGCUCACAGAGAGUCUGCGAUCAAAGCAUGGGCGAGGCUGGUAGAGCGGGGACAAAUAACUGCGAAGGAUAUCGAAAGUGAAGGCCCCAUAGACGGGUUCCUGGAGAGGAAAACCACCAUGUUGGAGAAGAUACAGCACCUAUCUUCAGAAUACCAGCCGAUGCUGGUUCACAACGACAUCAAAGGCGAACAUUUCCUCGUGAAUUCCCAAAGCGGCCGGAUCACUGGGAUCCUCGAUUGGGCAGAUAUUGGCAUCGGGAACGCGGCCCUUGAUAUUGCUGGGUUGGUGUUGACUGUCGGGGUGAAACCUACAAGGCAUAUUGCGACAAAAGUAGGAUAUGGAGAGGAUCAGGUCUUGCAAGGAGUGCUCCAGGCUCGAUGUGAAUGUGUCAUGAGGCUGGAUGAUCGCUUAAAUGGGAAUGAUACGAUGAGCCCUGUGACUUUGUUGCGAGAUCAGCUCUUUCUGUCCCUAAAGGACUGA